AUGAAGUUCUCCGCUGUCUUCGGUGCUUUCGCCUUGACCGGUCAAGCAGCUGCCUGGUACGGUCAGUUGAGUGCCGAUGCCUACAACCAAGGCGAGGGUGGUCAAAUUUCCCAGAAUCUUUACUUGGUUGAUUAUACAACUGGAUCCAAGUAUAACGGCUUCCUCGUUGGUGGCUUCAAUGCCUGUACGAGUACUGAAUGCGGUGUCUAG